UCUCAUGUGGCUCAAGCUUCAAACCGAACUAUCUCAUUCACCAGCUAACAUACAUAUGAAUUUGUAUGUAUAUAUACCAUCUCUCACACACUUCUCUAUGAAAUUUUGACUUGAAAGCAAAGAAAACUCUUCUGAACCUGACUCAUCAUCCUACAUUUCACCCCAUUCUCCCUUUUUGUCACAAUAUGGAACCCCAAACUGAUCUCCAGCACCAUGAGAAGCCUGUGGCGGCCAUGGAUUUCCAUUCCAAGGUCGACAGUUCCCGUCCUUUUCGCUCAGUGAAAGAGGCCGUCGCCAUUUUCGGUGAGAAGUUCUCGCCAGAAGAAAUCUAUGCACCAAAACAAGAAACCCCAUAUUUUUCACCAACCCCACAAAAUCUCCAAGAAAGCUUGUCGAAAUCCUCGCCUAGUCCCAGAGAUUCCAUUUGCUGCAAUGAAGAUUCCCCUGUCGACACUGUAAAAAAGCUCGAAUUCGAGCUCGAGAAGACAAAAACAGAACUGAAUUUACUCAAAGAAAGAGAGUUCGAAACUCAGGUAGCAUUCGCUUCGUUGAACGCUGAGCUGCACAAGAACAGGUCGAAACUAGCGAAGGCAGAGGCGGCGAUGGCAGCCAAGGCGGCAACAGCAGCAGUAGCUUCGUCAAGAUCAGUUAGAACUACACAGAGUUUAGCUCAGUUUCUGAGUGAUGCUAGGGAGAAGGAAAAAUUAUUUACAUUGAGGAAAAGGGAAAGAAAAGUUAUGAUAAAGAAAGUGAAACCAAUAAUUCCUCUUGUGGGAGAUUUGUUUUCAAGGAAAAAGGGCUCAUCUACAAGUACGCAUAAUCCUCUGUACGCAUCUUCUCUUUUGCAGUACUGGAAUUAAAAAAAUUAAAAAAAUAAAAAAGUUUAAUUUCAUCACAAUAAAUUAAUCAUAUAAUGAUCAACGGGUGAUGAAUUGCGAUUA